AUGGCGCAUUGGGCCGUGAAGACUGAUGAGGAGCUCGACAUGCUCUGUUUGAGGAUGAUGCUUCUUCGGGCGUUUGGUCUGUGUGAAUUUUUUGCCGGAGAUGGCCAUGUCGGGAGAAGUGCGAAAUUUGCUUAUUACAGCACUGCCCAGCUGGACAUCAACUAUGGCAAGAUGACUGUACGAAAAGGCAAGCAGAACAGCUUCGACAUGACAACAGCAGCAGGCCUAGCGCUUUGCAUAUGGGUGCUCCUGAACGCCAACCCGUCUGGAUUCCUGGCACUAUUUGCUGUGGUUUGCACUUCCUUUUCUGCAAUCAAUGUUGGCACGAGCAAACGCACACCAGCUACUCCAUGGGGAAAUUGUGCUUUGCCUCAUGUUCAGGUUGGAAAUUGUCUUCUUUCCAGAGUAGUGCUGCUACAGUAUUUAGUUACAUGUCUUGGCGGAACCUGGGCAACGGAGCAGCCUUCGAGCUCGCGUUUGCCAUGGUACCCCCGGUGGGAGGAAUUUAUGCUUCGAGUUCGUGCUUGGCGAGUAGGAUGGUGGGCCAGGCACUAUGGUGCCCUUAGCCCGCAGCUUGCUAUCACAAAAACGAGUAAAUUUUCUGUAGUAUGA